ACCUUGGCGGUGCGGCAUGCUGGAGCAACCUUCGUCUUCUUUGUACGAAACGCCAACGCUGGCUAUGCGGGAUCCCGCGACGACCGCUUGCCGUGCCGCUUAGGCGGUGGUUUGGCCUUCUAUGGGCCACUGUCGACCGGCCCAUGCCCUCCAGCAGGCCGUGUGAGCGUGAAGACGGCGCGACAGACAAUGGUCUUCGCGGCGGCAGAAGGAGGCCGUGGCGGUACAGAGUGGUCUCCGGUUCGCCGGAGAAGCAGCAAGAAGAUGGCCGGAAGGAAGGGCGGCGAGAGGAAGAAGGCGGUGACCCGCUCCGUGAAGUCCGGGCUCCAGUUCCCCGUGGGCCGCAUCGGGCGCUACCUCAAGAAGGGCCGCUACGCGCAGCGCGUCGGCUCCGGCGCCCCCGUCUACCUCGCCGCCGUCCUCGAGUACCUCGCCGCCGAGGUCCUGGAGCUGGCCGGCAACGCGGCCAAGGACAACAAGAAGACGCGCAUCAUCCCUCGCCACCUGCUGCUGGCCGUCCGCAACGACCAGGAGCUCGGCAGGCUGCUCGCCGGCGUCACCAUCGCCCACGGCGGCGUCAUCCCCAACAUCAAUUCCGUGCUGCUCCCCAAGAAGUCCCCCGCUGCCGCCGAGAAGGAGGCCAAGUCGCCCAAGAAGAAGGCCGCCACCAAGUCCCCCAAGAAGAAGACCGCAGCCGCCAAGGAGUAGCCGUCCUCGUCCCCUUAGCCUAGCCAGUCUUGCUGCUCUGUUCCAUUUCUCAUGGACAAGAUGAGCACUAGUAGUUUGGUUGGCAGAUCUGUAUGUAGUGCCUGGUAGUCUCUAGUGACCCAUUCUGAUUUCGUUGAGCAAAAAGGGUGGCAUUGUAUCUCUGAUUUCUGUGGGAAAUACUAAAGAUGCAGUCCUUUGAGUCUUA